AUGGGUGAAUUUGAAGGCUGGGUUAAGUGGCUUGAAAUGGCUUUUUUGCUGUGGAAACCUGGGGGUCGUGGCUACGAGAGGCCUCCAUACAUGACUCGGACUGAGAAAGAUGAGCCUAAGUUCACACCGGAGGAAGAACUAGAAAUAAUGUCCAAAGAAGUCAAGGAAAGCGAUGGGUUUGAUAUAGAUUUCAGGUCCUUCCGCUGCGUUUUCAACUACCAUCCUGCGAUUCUUGAUUCCCAUCAGUUCGUUGAUGAAUCAGAAACCACUGGUGAUUUACUCAAGAGGCUCGCUCUGAAAUCACUUGAUGACCAUAAUAAACAAAAUGACACAAGAUUUGAGUUUAUCAAGAUUGUUAAAGCCAAUUUUCACUUUGCUGCUGCGAUUAUGUUUCUCAUAACGUUUCAAGUUAAGGAUCCUUAUGAUGACAAGAUUAAACUCUUUCAAACAAGGGUACUUCACGCUAAGCCUAACCCCUAA